AUGCGUACUGUCAGUGAUACUGCCGGGACUAAAACGACUGUUCAACCCGCGACUGGGGGCAGUGGGUUGAGGGGUAGCGUUGGGGAUAGUCAUGUUGAUGAGUGUGCUGUUGCCGCUCAUGUCGGGCCGAGGAGCAUUCAUCAUGGUAUUGUUUAUCCGGUCAACAGCCGGGUCAAUUUUGCUGAUAGCAACAAUAACCAUGAUCAUCAUAGGAAUCUUGAGAGUCAGGAGCAGGGGCAUAAUGCUGAUGAUGCUUGGACAAAGUGGCAAUUGCACACGCCUACUGGCGACAACGACUGUGAAAAGGGAUUCGAGACCCAGAUAUUGGACUCCAGAGCCUCUGACGAGCAUCAGAGGCCAACGGUGUUAGCUUGCCCUGAACGUGGCUCAACAACCACUGCAAUCACGACGACCUCCACGACGACCACGGGCACUGCCUUCACGGUCGCAUCAAGUAUGCUUCUGCUGCAGACACAGAGCCCAUUCGGAUGUAGCAGUUUUGCGGACCUCCUAAGUGCCCCUUACACAGAUCCCACGGAUGCAGCGAAUCUGCCCGAGGAGCUCGACCCCUUCCCCGAGCUACAGCUUGGAAAUCCCCAGAACGUUUCCGAAGACGUCCCCAUGCAUCAGCAGAUGCAACAUCACAGGCCGUUACCUGGCGAUGUCCAUACAGACUCACUCAGUCCUACCCCCUUGCCGAGCUUUCAAGAGACCUACACAGUUCAUCAGCGUUAUACUCGUCAAGAACUACAGAGUCUUGGUAUAAAAAUGGACGACGAGUGUUUCGAUGCACUGCAGUACGCCUGCAACGAUCCAACCUACACCGGUGAAUUCUCCACGACUGUACCAUAUCACCACCCCCAACAGCAUCAUUACCACCAUCAUCAACGUCACGAGCAUCAUCAUAACAUACCAACAACGCUGACGCCCCCGCCAGCCUCAGCUAAUCUACCCGGUUCACCACCCCCAGCUUCUUCACCACCACAACCACCUCCUCCACCGCCACCACCACCACCUGGCUAUUUCUCGACAAUAUCGACGUCCAAUCCUGCUGUUACGUUACCACAGAGCACGGUACUUCAUCAACGGGACAUGUACUCGAGUGUACCAAUGGCAACUGCCUAUGGGCAGCCACCAAGUCUCGUGGGUCCACAAUCUGCUCCAAGUCUCGGGAGUAACAAUGUCAUACGGUCACGGGCACCAAUGCUGCAGAGAUCUGAUUCUACUAGCAGUGGCAGCAAUCAGGAAUCUCCGAAGCCUCGAAGGAGCGGCUCGAGUGGAAAUCUCACUUCCAUACCGUCCCCGGGAGGCACUGAUCGCGCUCCGCAAAGUCCCAGUCAACUCUGCGCUGUUUGCGGAGAUACCGCUGCCUGUCAACACUACGGUGUGAGGACCUGUGAAGGGUGCAAGGGCUUCUUCAAGAGGACAGUGCAGAAGGGCUCCAAAUACGUCUGCCUAGCUGAGAGAGCUUGUCCUGUGGAUAAACGACGGCGCAAUCGAUGCCAAUUUUGUCGAUUCCAAAAGUGUCUCAAAGUCGGCAUGGUUAAAGAGGUCGUCCGAACAGAUUCGCUAAAAGGUCGUCGAGGUAGACUACCGUCCAAGCCAAAAUCCCCCCAAGAAUCUCCACCAAGUCCGCCCAUAUCCCUGAUAACUGCCUUAGUCCGAGCGCACGUUGACACAACCCCUGACUUAGCAAAUCUGGACUACUCUCAGUACCGCGAGCCCGGGCUCAACGAUGUACCCGUCACCGAGGCGGAAAAAAUUCAACAAUUUUACAAUCUCCUGAUGACUUCAGUCGAUGUGAUCCGUAAUUUUGCGGAUAAAAUUCCUGGCUUCACUGAUCUGACUAAGGAGGAUCAAGAAUUACUCUUCCAAUCAGCGAGUCUCGAGCUCUUUGUACUGAGGCUGGCUUAUCGUACCAGAGCCGAUGAUGCACGAUUAACCUUCUGCAAUGGAGUUGUACUGACCCGUGCUCAGUGUCAAAGAAGCUUUGGGGAUUGGUUGCACGGAAUUCUGGAAUUCUGUCAGGCACUUCAUACCCUCGAUGUGGACAUCAGUGCAUUUGCCUGUCUCUGUGCUAUCACUCUCAUAACAGUGAGGCAUGGUCUGAAAGAGCCCCACCGUGUUGAGCAGCUGCAGUCGAAAAUAAUAUCAUCCCUCCGCGACCACGUGACCUACAAUGCCGAGGCCCAGCGAAAGACAAACUAUUUAUCACGACUCCUCGGUAAAUUACCAGAACUCAGAAGUCUAUCUAUCCAGGGUCAUCAGCGAAUAUUCUACCUGAAAGUUGAGGAUCUUGUACCUGCGCCGCCCCUCAUCGAGACUAUGUUUGUCGGUACUUUGCCAUUUUAAAAUGGAUCCAUAAUGAAUUUAAUGUAAUUAUCACCCGCCAUUUUGAUUUAUUUUCAUCCAACCGAGACCUCGAAAGCGUUAGCAUUCGCACAGAUCUUUCUUUCUUGAAUAAAGGACACAUUUUCCAAGACAUGAAAUGUUUUCAUUGGAAAGGCGAAGAAAUUGGAAGAAAUUAUUUUUUAAUUCUCUUGCCUUUUCAAUGACACCAUUUGCAAUUUUUCCAGUGAAAUGUCCUCGAAUUAAAAAACUUGUUCUUGAAUUAAGAGCGAUGUUAAAAAUUCUGUAAUAAUGUUCUCAAUUUAAGCAACAGAACUGUUCAUCUGACGAAAUUCUCCCUAAUUCAAGAAAAAAAAUUCUCUGAGCACUAAUGAAUGAAGAUGAUGAAAAAAUCAAUAUCGUGGGGACUCUUUCAACAUAUCAGGACAGAACGAAGGGAGUCUAAAGGUUACCUCAAAGAUGAAUUUCAUUUCCCUUUGAUGUUUAUAAACUACUCACAACGAGGCACGUUUUUAUUGCCACUAAAUGAUUAACAAAAUGAUAAUUAUUCGUGAAAUUUCGCGAACCCUUCGUACCAGUCCUCAUAUUUACAUAUAUGUGAUUUUAGUAUUUUAAGAGAAAUAAAAUUAAACGACGUCGUACUCGAAAGUGAUGUGCACUCCAGGGUUAAUGAUUAUUAGAUAGUUUUUAAAGGAUAAAAGAAAGAGAAUGAAUUACUAUGAUAUGAUUUAGUCGAUUUGAACUAUUUUAAAGUAAUUGUAUAAAGACAUACCUUGAUAGUAAGAAAAUACGUAAAUUUUCAUUUUUAUUAUUAGCGACGACGAUGCCGUGGCAUAAAGUUACCUAUUACGUUACGACAAAUUAAUUUUAAUCAAACUAACUUAGAAAAUGAAAAUGA